UUGACGUAACUUCCGUCUUCCAUUGAGAAGGAGUGGACACUUUCCCGAAGUGAACACAUCAGCAAUUGAUAGUUGUGCAGGCAAAGCGAACAAACUAAGUGGUUCGACACGAAUACAGACACCUUCAUUUAAGAAGACUUCUGCCAGUAUAGCUCCGUUUGUGUCUACAUGUUUCAAAGGAGCAAAAGCAGUUGAAUUUUUGGCCGUGUUUGCAACGCCAGGUAUCAGGCCAGAAUAGUUGGUCGUGGGAAAAUGCCAUAUUUUUCUUGGAGGGUUUGGUCCGGGCUGCUGUGGCUGCUGUCGUCGACACUGGCUGCAGGUGAAGACACAUCGCUGCUCCAGGACUGGAAGGACGUCUGGCUCUUUCGCUUCUUCCUCAACGUGCUUGGCUACUGCACCAUCAUCAUCCCUGGCUACUUUCUCAUUGGCUACUUUAAGCGUUUAAACUACCUAGAAACAGGUCAUGGCAUUUGCUAUCCUGUCGUAAAGGCAUGUGUGUUUGGGAGUGAAUCCAAAGCAGGCUUGUUGGAAGAUGUGUCCAUAGCAUCCAGGAAUGAGGCAGACUCGGGGUCCUCUACCAAACAGGCCAUCAAGCUGGUCUUCUGUGCAGCUGGACUACAGGCCUCCUACCUGACGUGGGGUGUGCUUCAGGAGCGGGUGAUGACUCGCUCGUACGGGGCCACUACACCUGAGGACCAAGGCGAGCGCUUCAAGGACUCCCAGUUCCUGGUGUUCAUGAACCGUAUCCUGGCCCUGACCGUGUCAGGCCUCUGGUGUGUCCUGCUCAAACAGCCUCGCCACGGCGCCCCCAUGUACAAGUACUCGUUCGCCUCGCUGUCCAACAUCCUAAGCAGCUGGUGCCAGUACGAGGCUCUCAAAUACAUCAGCUUCCCCACCCAGGUGCUGGCCAAGGCCUCCAAGGUCAUCCCAGUCAUGCUCAUGGGCAAGAUAGUUUCCCGUAAGAGUUACGAGUACUGGGAGUACUUGACCGCAGCCCUCAUCUCUGUGGGCGUAAGUAUGUUUCUGCUGUCCAGCACAGCCACCAAGCACCCCUCCACAGUCACCACCUUCAGCGGGGUGGUCAUCCUGGCUGGUUACAUCGUCUUUGACAGUUUCACCUCCAACUGGCAGGACAACCUGUUCAAGUACAAGAUGUCGUCAGUUCAGAUGAUGUUCGGGGUAAACUUGUUCUCCUGCUUGUUCACGGUGGGAUCUCUGCUGGAGCAGGGAGCCUUCUUCGACUCGCUGGCGUUCAUGAUGCGCCACUCUGAGUUUGCCCUCCAUGCCGUGCUGCUGUCCGUGUGCUCGGCCUGUGGACAGCUCUUCAUCUUCUAUACCAUCGCCCAGUUUGGCGCCGCCGUUUUCACCAUCAUCAUGACGCUGCGGCAGGCCAUCGCCAUCCUGCUCUCCUGCUUCCUGUACGGCCACACCGUCACCAUGGUGGGGAGCUUUGGCGUGGCCGUGGUGUUCCUGGCGCUCUUCCUACGCGUAUACGCUCGCAGCCGAGUCAAGACGAGCCGCAGGGCAGCCCAGCCACUACAGAAGGUGUAGUUGGGUCAGGAGGGAGAACUGAGGCCGCGUUUUUGGUGGCACCUUUCUGUUGGCGUCUCUUUUUUGACUUCUUAAGUAUUCGUGACAUGGAUUUCUACUUUGUAUGGUUGGGGGUACUGAAAGGGAUUCUUCCUGUUUGAAGGUGUUUGGCUUGAUACGCACUCUAGGCUGUCUGCUGAGAGAGGUCCCCCCCCCCGCUGUUGGUAGGCUCCAUAUUCACACCACCACAUGUGGCUUAGCAGGCAAACGAACGGUUACUGGGACUGGGACGUACUAUGGACGGGUUUUGCCCCCUUUCUGGAGUGUGUGUGUGUGUGUGUGUGUGUGUGUAUAUAUAUAUACACACACACACACACACACAUUUUGGUGUGUAAUCUUUUUUCACUUUUAAUGGCAGUUGCAUCACAGCAGUUGCAUCACUUUUUGGACAUGGCAUGAUUUUGUUGUGUGCUGCAUUGGUAUUACUCUGUGAUAAUGCAAUACUGCCGAACUAAAUUUAUUGUAAGAAAAGGAGCUGGCUUGUUGAAUGUUUCAUCACUCUCUCAGAUCACAGACAAUGUGUAGUUCACAAAUAAUCUCAUGGCCUUUUGGCUCAAGGCGUGUCAGAACAACGUUUCUUUUAAGUAAUGGUCCAACCAUUACACAAGGGGAAUGGUUUUCCCGGCAAACCCAUUUAUAGCUUUCUGUCAGCAGACCAUCUGAAAUUUUUGUUUUAUUCAUGAAUACUCCUGUCAUUGCUACACUGAAAUGAAUGAAUCCUUCACACUACAAAAUGUGAAAUGUACACAGUAGACAUCCUGUAUGCAAUAGCAUUAUAGCUUUGUUUGUAUGAAUGGGUGACCCAACUCCAUCCACCCAAAGCAAAUAUUAUAGUUUUAACAGCUGUAUUGCACUGUUACAAGAGGAGGAAACUGAAAUUCAUGAAAAUGAUAAUGUCAAUGUAUUUUUGUACAUAUACCUGCACAUUGCCAGGGAAGUGAGUGAAGAUCUUUUACGCAACUUAAAACUAACAUGUCAACACGCGGUACUGUUUUUAUUCUACAUGUGUUCUUGCGUUACUUGUUUGUCCAUGAUGGUCUUUUCAGAAGGGGUUUGUGUGAGGAUGUUGAAGUGGAGAUGUUGCCCUCAAGAAUGGAAUGGAAGCAGGGAAGACUUCACAUGGUGGACUUCUGAAAGCAUAAAGGGAAAUGCAAUGUUAUUGAUACUUUUUUUUUUUUGUCAAUAGUUUGUUAAUAUAUAUAUUCAUAAUUUGUCAAAUGUUCUUCUUUUACACUGUAUUAAUAAAAUACAAGUUAAGAUUUA